CCCCAUUGACUCAGUCAUGUGCACACUGCCGCUAGAGACACACGCCCGGACGCUGUUGUGAAGGUAGCUUGGGGAAGCCUGUGUCUACGCGUGUGUGUACACCAUCUGUGUGUGUGUCGGGGCUGUAUAGUGUGUGUGUGUGGCCGUGUGCUCUCUCUCGUGCACCCUAAGUAGUGUGGACCUGGUGGAGUGUGUUAAGCUGAACUGGCAUAUAAACCUCGCUCACUCGAUACCUUUAAGCCAGAAUUUACCACCCUUGCUCGACUAGCGUUACUCUGCUAGCAACAUACUGUGAAUUAUACACAUCUGACAUACUACAGUCGGUGGGGAAUAUAUAUAUAUAUAUAUAUACCCCGUCUAGGCUUGUAGAGGUGUUGGAGCAAGCACUAUCGUGGCCAGGCGUCCCGGCCCCGCCCAACAUGCUCUGAAGGCCCGCCUCUCUCAGACAGACAUACGGCCGCAAAUAUUGAAGUGUUUCCGCCGCCCUGUUCGCCCCCACGGAGCCUCCGGCCCUCACCAUGCAGCUCUACGAGAUGAAGUGUGCAGCGUCCAGGAAGCAGGAAGUGGCCAACAUUCGCGGCAAGUUUCCUAACAAGAUACCGGUGAUCGUGGAGCGAUACGCCAAAGAAACGACCCUACCCGUGCUUGACAAGACUAAAUUCCUGGUGCCUCAGGAGCUAACAAUGUCCCAGUUCGUCACCAUCCUGAGGAACCGGAUGCAGCUGCAAAGCACGAUGACCUUCUACCUCCUAGUGAACAACCGGUCCCUCGUCUCCCUCUCCCGGCCCCUCUCUGAGGUCUACCGGGAGUGUCACGACGAUGAUGGCUUCCUCUACGUCACCUACGCCAGCCAGGAGGUGUUUGGGUAAAGGACCUCCUUAAUGGUGCUCACUUCUCAUAUUCUGUGAUAAGACCUGUUGGGACUGCUCAAGGCAUGGGGUGCUCUAUGUAGCUGUGGUAUUCUCACUGGUAUUCAGUCAUCACUAGCAUCGUAGUGGCAUUAGAAGUGCUCCAGUGUACGUGGAGCUCUGGCCGGUAGUUGUGCUAUGAUUUACUCUAAAUUGUUUUCACAAUGGAAUGAUUUCUGUGGCCAAACUGGAUUGUUUGAUAUUAUUUACGAGCUGGUGCCUAUAAUUUGCAAGAGAUCUGCCAGAAUUCUGGCAUAAAGGUUGAAAUAAAUCAGUACUCUGAAAUACAGUAAAUUGACCCAAGUUUGUAAGUUUAGCCUUUGGUUUUUAGCCAUUUUUUUUUUAUAAUAAGCCAUGCAGUUGAGCAUAGGCAUUAAUAAUUAGUUUCACUACUUUUUAAAUGGGUAUCACUGCCUGAACUUAAAAAUAUAAAUACCUAAAACAGUAUUUCAAAAAUAUAAUGUAGUUAAUAUAUAUAUAUAUAAAUUAUCACUUAAUUUUUACCUAUUUAAAUAUUAUUUAUAGCUAUGAAAGUGCAAAAAUCAAAUCUAAAUUUGUGCACAAAUUUGGUUCUUACUAAAUUGUUAAUUGUGAUUACUAAUCUGAAUACAGUACUAUUAACAAAAAUACCAUUACAAAAAUAUCAUAUAAUUGGUAAUGAUUGUAAUUUUUCACCAUUUGUUAACUUAAAGAUUUUUGCAGAAAGACUAAACAUUCCUUACAAUUUAAUUAACUGUUAGACAGGUGUUCAUGAUUAUAUCCUACCAUCCCUUCACAAACAUGUUGCCAUGCAUUUGUCAUAAGCUCCAAGCACUCAUUCUGGCAGUGAUUUCUGUUAGGAAAUUUGGAAAUUCUUGGUCUUUCUAUAUAUACUGUGCAUGUACCCUCCCCUUCCCCCCCUCCAGUGCUGAAGACAUUGGUUAACCUUGGUCUUCAAGAAAAUAAAUUCUGUACGUGCAUAUUAUCUCGCAAAGCUUGAAAUCAUUCUUGAAGAUAAUGUUGGAUUUUCUAGAGGUAGUCGAUGACUGGCUUGUAAAUAGGUAAGAUACUGAUGUCUUUAUAAAAACAGAUGGUGCUGUGAAGUUUUCUUGUAAUUAUGUCCAGAUGUAGUGUAGAACUUUCAUCUCUGUACCAGUGUGUUUAAGAGCUCUACUGUAUUUAAGGCAUUCUCAUAAAAUAAAACUUUUCAAAUGUUUACUAAUUUUCUUAGAAAUGUGGAUUAAUAAAUGAGUUUCUAAAAAAUAGUAAUUUUGUAUAUACAAUUUAAAAAAGAUACUAAAGAACAAAUAUUUGAAGAGUUUGAAAUACUUCAUGUAUACACAGUACUGUAGUGUCAAUAUAUUUUUAAGCAAAGG